AUUUAUUAAUAUAAAUGUGUUCUUCGUAUUGUCAAGGAUUAAAUUUCGAUAUUGAUUAUUAUGGUGUUUUGAAGCUCAAUAAAAAUUGCAAUGAUUUAGAUAUAAAAAAAGCUUUCAGACGUUUGGCAAUCCAAUACAAUCCUGAACGACAAAAAGAUGAUAAUAUUCUUGAGGUUUUUUCUCUGAUUUGUGAAGCGUAUGAAGUUCUUUCAGAUUCAUUGAGACGUACUAUUUACGAUUUCUAUGGUGAAACGGGUUUGAAAAAUGGUGUACCUGGAAAUAAUGAAAAUAUUGAACCCUACGUAUUUCAUGGAGAGCCAUUACGUACCUACAGAAAUUUUUUUGGUACUGAGAGUCCGUACGCUGAUCUUCUGGAUGUCCUUGAUGAUCCAGAGGCCAUGAAGAGAUAUAAACAAGCUCAAAUUCCUCAAAAUGAAACAAUUAUUAAACAACUAUUCUUGACAUUAAAAGAGAUUUUUCAUGGAGUCGUGAAAAUCAUGAAAAUUGAAAGACUUGAAUAUGUAAAUAAUGAAGAAAAUAUUAUGGAAAUGAAAGAUAAAUUUUUUACUAUUGAUAUUAAACCAGGUCUUCCAAAUGGAAGUGAAUUUUUAUUUCCAAAAGAAGGAGAUCGAGGAGCAAAUAUAAUACCUGCGGAUAUUGUUUUUGUAACUACUGAAAUACCACAUGAUGUUUUUGAGAGAAAAAAUGAUGAUUUGGUGAUGAUUGUUGAUGUUUUUUUGAAAGAAGCACUAACUGGAACUGUUGUUAAAAUUCAAACACUUGAUGAUAGAGUUUUUAGAGUUCCAAUAACGUCAAUCAUAACUCCAGAUUACCGGAAAUUAGUACCUGGUGAGGGUCUUCCUCUGUCACAUGAUCCAACUCAACGUGGUGACCUAAUUAUUAAUUUUAAAAUUGAGUUUCCAAUAUAUUUAUGUGUUGCAAGUAAAAAUUACAUUAAAAAAGCAUUUGAAAUUGCUGUUAAUAAAGAUGAUGAUAAUUCAAUUGAGAGUAUUGAUUAUAUUUAUCAAUAUAUGUUGAAUGAACAAAUGCAUAGAAAUGUUGAUGAUGACAUUCCAAAAUAG